UGAGGAGCUCCUAAAAUGGAAUUUUUUUUCCCUCAAUUCCAGCUUUAAUGGGAUUUUAUUCUGUACUAAACUGCUCUUGAGGGGUUUUUGGUCCUCAUUUUGGUUUUUUUCCCCCCAGAAAACCAUCGAAUCCGAAACAGUGAAAACCUCAGAAGUGAUUAAAAAGAAACUUGAAGAAAUAACAGGGACAGUUAAAGAGAGUUUGGAUGAGGUCAGUAAGAGCGACAUCGGCCGCCGGAUCAAGGAGGGCGUGGAAGAAGCAGCAAAAACGGCCAAACAAUCGGCUGAGUCCGUCACCAAGGGAGGGGAGAAGCUGGGCAGGACAGCAGCCUUCAAAGCCAUCUCUCAGGGAGUAGAAACUGUUAAGAAGGAAAUCGAUGAAAGUGUUUUGGGGCAAACUGGGCCCUACAAACGUCCGGAGCGGCUCCGAAAACGAACGGAAUAUUCUGGAGAGAGGAUCAAAGAGGAGAGGAUAUUUGAGGCCAAUGAGGAGGCCAUGGGAAUGGUGCUGCACAAAGACUCCAAGUGGUACCAGCAGUGGAAAGAUUUCAAGGACAACAACGUGGUUUUCAACAGGUUCUUUGAGAUGAAGAUGAAGUACGACGAGAGUGACAACGCCUUCAUCCGGGCGUCCCGCGCCGUCACCGACAAAGUCACCGACUUGAUAGGUGGAUUGUUCUCCAAGACGGAGAUGUCGGAGGUGUUGACGGAGAUCCUCAAAGUGGAUCCCUCCUUUGACAAGGAUCGUUUCCUGAAGCAGUGUGAGCGAGACAUCAUCCCCAACGUCCUGGAGGCUCUGAUAUCCGGGGAGCUCGAGAUCCUCAAGGAUUGGUGCUAUGAGGCCACUUACAGCCAGCUGGCUCAUCCCAUCCAGCAAGCCAAAGCCUUGGGGCUCCAGUUCCAUUCCAGGAUCCUGGACAUCGACAACAUCGACUUGGCCAUGGGGAAGAUGAUGGAGCAGGGACCAGUUUUGAUCAUCACCUUCCAGGCUCAGGUCGUGAUGGUGAUAAAGAACCACAAAGGGGAGGUGGUGGAAGGAAAUCCGGACAAGGUGCUGAGGAUGCUCUACGUGUGGGCCCUGUGCCGGGACCAGGACGAGCUCAAUCCCUACGCGGCCUGGAGGCUCCUGGACAUCUCCUCGUCCAGCACUGAGCAGGUCCUCUGAGGAAUCUCUGCAUCCAGGGCCUUCCUGACCCUCUGGAGCUCGGAACUCGCCCCAGCCUCCUGGACUGUGGGGGGAAGAAGCCAGGCUGGGGGCUCUUGGGGGAGGCUUUUUUUUGGGAGAGCGGGUGAUCCCGGUGAUCCCAAAUCCCCGGAGGAGCCGGGCGGGUGUGCCCUCCCUGCCCCGUGCUUUGCUGUGUCCAAGGGUUUGUGGAGCUCCACCUCAGAGACACGUCCUGGUCCUUCUUUCAUCGUGCCUGGAGCGUUUCCCAGGAUUCCAGCGAGGUGGGAAUCGGGAGGGGGCUGUUCCAGGUCUAAUUCCCACCUCCGGCGGCCUCGGAGCAGCCCUGGAAAGGCCUUUUUUCCACUCUCGGCUGCCACGUGUCCUGUCCAAGCUCCACCACCAGGCCUUGUGUCCCUGCCUCGCACUUUACCAGCCAAAUACAAGCAGGACUUUGCA